AACAAGUUAGAAAAUACAGUAAAAUUAAGUUUAUAAAAAUAGAAAAAUGGCUGAAGUGAACACAGUGUGGCAGACUAAGAGCAGAAUGACUGUUUCAAAAAUAUAAAAGCUAGAAAAACAAAAGAAAGGUUAAAACACGGGGGGUCAGGCAGCAGAGAUCCGGGUCACCAAGUGUAACCUUGACCAGCAGCCCCACUGACAUGUUGUUGCGGCUCCGCGUGUUGACACCGUCCAUCAUGUGUCAGCGCAGGCCACGCCCACACCUCUGACGUCAGCGCGGACACUGUCCAUCCGCGGUUCAAGGGCGAAACUUCACCGAAGAGGGUCCGAGAUGAGGGACAGUGGUCAGCAGUGGGCUUCCUGAACUAUCCCUUACACCAUGAGUCCGUCCUCCUGCCUCUGCAUCACUCGUCUGUCCGCCGUUCACGACACAUCCCGGGAGGAGCUUCACGUGAGACCCGACAGCACUUGAGGACCACCGUGUUUUGAUCCCCGUUAAAGGAGCAGCGCCGCUCGAGAGGCUCCCGAGAAGUCAUCAUGGCGGACUCCAGCUUCAACAGCCUGACAUCCCUGGCCCGGGCUCUGUCACAGCCCACGCUGGACAUGAUAGAAGUCAACGACUCGGUUUUCACGACGCGAAACGUUCAGCGGCAUCCGUCCCGGAGGAGAAAGCUGUCGAGCUGCAACUCGAUAGAAAUCACCGACCCGGUGACUUCCCCGUCCGCCGCCGAGGCUCGAGUCCUGGUCAUCAACACCGGAGGAACCAUCGGGAUGACGCUUCAUGACGACGUUCUUGCCCCAAAAGCCAACGCUUUCGUGAAGGGCCUGCGGAAGCUGCCCAUCCUCCACGACGAGGGCUAUGCCCAGCAGACCUGCCUGUAUGAGUACUAUGGAGAGAACACCCUGGUCCUGCCGAAGCCAGCAGCCCAUCCUGACCUGCUGUCUCUCGGACCGAGUAAAGAAAACAAGAGGGUGGUCUACACUAAUAAGAGGAUAGUCUACACUAUCCUAGAAUACAACCCUUUGCUGGACUCUUCCAACAUGACCACAGAUGACUGGGGUAGGAUUGGAAAAGACAUCGAGAAAAACUACGAAAGCUUCGACGGUUUUGUGAUUCUUCACGGCACCGACACGAUGGCUUACACGGCCUCCGCCUUGUCCUUCAUGUGCGAGCAUUUGGGCAAACCAAUCAUCCUCACCGGCUCCCAGGUGCCGAUUUAUGAGAUGAGGAACGAUGGCAGAGACAACUUGCUGGGAGCGCUGCUAAUUGCUGGCCAAUUUGUCAUUCCUGAAGUGUGCCUGUACUUCUACAACAAACUCUACAGAGGCAAUCGUGUGACCAAGGUGGACACUGGGAGUUUCAAUGCGUUCUCGUCUCCUAACUUGGCUCCUCUGGCCACCGCUGAAGUAGAUAUUACAAUCAACUGGGACACAGUGUGGAGGGCAAACACCACGGCCAAGUUUCAAGUCAGCACUGAGCUGAACCGCAACGUAGGCCUGCUCAGGCUCUUCCCGGGAAUCACGUCUUCUACUGUGAAGGCUUUCCUGCAGCCGCCCAUGCAGGGUGUGGUCCUGGAGACCUACGGCAGCGGAAAUGCCCCAGACAACCGUCCCGACCUGCUGGAGGAGCUGAAGAAGGCCACAGACUCCGGUGUCAUCAUCAUCAACUGCACACAGUGUCUCAGAGGGACCGUGUCUGCAUCCUACGCCACUGGAAAGGUGUUGAUGGAUGCGGGUCUGAUAGCCGGUGGUGACAUGACUCCAGAGGCCGCUCUGUCGAAGCUCUCCUACGUUUUGGCCAAGAAGGACCUUAAACUCGACGCGAGGAAAAAGAUGAUGGCUCAGAACCUGCGAGGAGAAAUGAGCGCUGACUUAGCCGGAGCCAAACUGUGUCUGAGUGACAGCCGCUUCAUCCAGGUCAUUGCCAAGUCUCUGAGCAUCAGCUGCAAGGAGGAGCUGGAAGCCAUCCGUGACGCUCUGACUCCACCACUGGCCUGUGCUGCUGCUAAGAUCGGAGACAUUGAGGCCUUAGAGGCUCUAAAAGAAAUGGGCAGCAACUUGUGUCUGGGGGACUACGACGGACGCACGCCGCUGCAUAUCGCUGCCUGCGAGGGCCAUCUCAAACUGGUGCAGUACCUCCUGAGUCACGGAGCUUCAGUGUACGCGAAAGAUCGUUACGGAGACACACCCCUGUGCAACGCCGUGCGCUUCAAACACAAGGGAGUCGUGAAGCUGCUCAGAAAGACUGGAGCGCACUUUUCCAGAGAAGAGCUGGAGGAAGCAGGAACCGAGCUGUGCAGCCUUGCAGCCAGCGGCGACCUGGACGGCCUGAAAAUCUGGAGCAUUGCCGGAGCGGAUCUGAAUAAACCGGGCUACGACGGACAGACGGCCAUUCAAGUGGCCCAAGCUGCCGGCAAAAAGGAAGUGGUGGCGUUUUUAGUUCACCUGAUAAGCAAUAAAACCAAGAAAGUAUUUGGUGAAUUGAAUGAAUAUGAUGAAUAUGAUGAUGAUGAUGAUGAGGAUGAUGAUGAUGAUGAGAGCGGAGUGAUCGAGUUCACGGCCGCCCCAGCAGGACUCUGAGCCCAAUGACGCUACCUCAACUGACAGGAACCGUCCUCUUGUUUCCUCUGCAGCCGUCCUCCACGCGCACACGCUGUCCCGUUUGUUUCUGCCAGAGCUGCAUUUAGAUUGUGCAUACUGUUUCCCCUCCAAACCUGUUAAUGGCACAACAUAUUGUGUAAUCACUGCUUUGAGUGUGUGAUGCCCAGAAUGGGGGAAAAACACCGUGUAAAUGUUUGAUUGUUCCUCAUUAGUGCAAAUGCUUUUUAUUACCGUGUAUGAACAAGAGACUCUAAUCAGGGAAUUAAAGGUGAACUCCACCUGCGCUGUUUUAAACAACCCAAUACUGUGAGCACUACUUCAUAAAGCGGUGUUUAUUCUUCCUUCAGCAAUACGUUCACGAUACGUGGAACUACAGGGUCCAUUCACAGGUUUCAUUUUUAUAGCGAGAUGCUGGAACUCAUGAAAAUAAGGUUUAACUUUUUAUCAUGUGGGAUGUAAUCCAACGUUAGCACUUGACCACUUCGGUCUAAGCUCCCGAAGCACUUGUUUUCGCUUCCUUCUGCUCCAACAGGUCUUACAAAAAACCCGCAGUUACCUUUGAGACUCAUCCAGCCUGUUUCUUUGACCGAUUGUCGAGCUGGAAGCGUCGCAUGUCUGUCUGUUUGACAGGGAAAGGGGAAAUCCAGACUAUUGUGUGAGCCACGUAAAGGCCUAAAACUGCCAGUUUCUGCGUCCUGUGACGUGUUUUAAAUGUGUAUUCUUUGCAUCCACAAUCACAAACGACUCCCGUUUUCAGUACCUUUGUGUUCCAAGUGAAUGUUAAACAUUUCUACUUUGGUUUGAUGUGAUUGACUUUUUAAAAACCAAUGCAGGUUAAAGUCUUCAUCAUCUUCAGUGAUUACGUGAAAAUAAAUACAUCUGAAUGUGUGGAAAUCAAUCAAGCCAUCUGUUGUGUUCCAAAAAGUCAAAAAGUCUGAGGAAUGUGUUUCUUUUGUGGGGAA